UUUAUAUAUAUAUAUAUCAGCAGAAAUAGAAAUAAAAUCAGCAAUUGUGUAAAUACCACAAACACCAUGUUUGUGUUUUUGGCAACAUUAAUGAUCGCUUCUUCCUUUGGAGGGGAAAUAAAACACGAAUUGGAUACAUCAGAAAUGCAGGAUGUUUCUCUACAGUCUGAAUGUCAAGCUAUCGAGGAAUUGCAUGAAAGAAAACAGUGCGAAUUCGUUUUUGAAAAUGACUACAUAAAAUGGUCAGAGAAGAUGCUUGCUGAUGAUAAAUUUGUUAGUGAGUUGGAGGUUGUUCACACUACGGUUUUUGACGUAAGAAACAGCAAAAUAUCAAGAAGAAAACGGUCUGUUAAAGAUGAACGAAACACCUGCCCGAUAUUGGAUGUGUCAAACCCUGCCUAUACCCCAAUACGGCUGCGCAGCACUUCACCUUGGGAAAUGUAUAUUACUCAAGAUGCUAAUAGAAAACCAAUGAGGAUGAUUCAAGCUAGGUGUCUCUGCAGUGGAUGCAUCGAUGUUCGCACAAAUACGGAAGACAGAACGAAUGUUUUUAGUGAAGCGCUAGUUUUAAGUGUGCCCGUGUUAAAAAAUGGAAAAAUGAUGACAGAAGAGGUGGCAAUUGGCUGCACAUGCGUGGCAUCUAGUAGUCUACCCAUAGGAAACCUAGAAGAAAAGUAAGUCAUGAAAACUUCGACGAGCGCAGAGGGUUAUAUAUAUACAUAUACCCUUAGCUUAGAGGAUUUCAAUUUUUCCAAUCCUUUUCCUUCAUGUUCAAUUCGCCUUUGUAGAUAACAAAUAAAAUUAUAAUCAUUGCAUGUGAAAUAUGAGUAUUGAUUUGCACAUAUGAAGUGGCAGAUUGGAUCAUAAACUUUUGCUGCCGAGUUCUAGAAAAAUACUGUAGACGCCUAGAACCACACGCGCUGGAGAUGUAACUGGUGUGCAAAGUAGAGGUAAGAUCGGGUACAAAAAUUUGAGCCCGGCCCGACCCUGGUCCGUGGGUAUUAAACCCGACUCGAGUCCGACUAAUUAACUGGCCCGACUAAUUUGCAGGCCUGCGCCCGAAGCAAACCCGAAAUUCCAUAUUUUAUUUAGGGAGUUCAUUGAAUUGUCAUUGCAAGAGUCCAGUACAGUAUGUGUCGUGUUAAAGAGCCAACUUCUGUUUUUUUGCAGACCCCGGCUUUUUGUAGCCAAAACACGAUCGAAACGCCUCAUAAAAAAGUCAGCGAUAGAGAAGCCCGAUCCGAACGUAUUGAUUGACAUUUAAGGCCCGAAUUUCGGGUCGGGUCAGGCUUCAGUUCUUAGCUCCAGUGCAAAGUACAUAACUCUUGAUGUCAAGCCGAGGUAUAUUUCUCAAUAUUGCCAAUUGAUUAUAGUUCGCCAUUGUACGCGACCAUUGAAUUGGCCCAUAAAUCAGCCUUGAGCGUCCUACUAUUGCCAUUCUUAACUUGAAAUAAGAAUAUAGAGGCGACGGUUAUGAUCAUGCAACACAAUGAAUAUAAACACAAGUAAUUACUUAUCGAUCUUAAGAUCGGUAAGUAUGUUGAUAGGUAGUUGUCUGUUUGUCUGUCUGUUAGAUACACG